AUGUUUCUGGCCAAAAGACUCAUUGGUGGCAUUCUUGAUGUUGUAAGGUAAGGAUCUGGCUGUAGUAUUAAGGACCUCUUCUAAACCAUUUGCGCUUAUAAUGUAUAAACAAUGUUCACCACAGGAGUUUUCUGGCGCUUUUUGGGUUGUGUGGGUGCAAGGUAAAUGAAAGUAGUCUAAUCUUAGGACUUUGGCACUGCUUAAAUUGGUUCUAUCAUUGCAUAGACUUUCAGGUAUGGAUAAUAUAUUAUCACUGUGCCGUUUUAAUCAGUUUGGAAUCAAGAGAGAAUACAAUAUGUUACUCGUUCAAGCUAUGUUGGACAGGAGCAUGAUUCUUCAGCUAGUAAUAACUGCAGCUAUUACCACUGGCCAAGUCAAUCAAUGCCUUUAUAUCUCUGCAUAGCUAUCACUCUUAGGAAUGAUACCCAGUGACUAACCUAUUCAUCUCCCCUGUGUCCCCUGCAGCAAUAUUGAUCCAGCUGCUUUUGUGCCCUCUGACCCAGUGAGUGGCAUUGCUAUUUUAUCAUUUAAGUUAUCACCAGAAAACACAGUAUCGCUGAAAAUGUAAAUUUGUUACGGAUAGUAGUAACCUGAACCAUAAAUGCCUAAUUUCCUAACGUUGUUAUCCUGCAGCCCGCACCACGAAGGCCACUUGCGUACGCAGAGCAGAAUGAGAGUGGUGAGGAAAAACAGUUUCGCAAAGUCUUCCAGCAGUUGGCUGGAGAUGUGAGUACGAUAUUUCUCUGCCACUACUCCCUCACCACAUACCUAUUCUGGUUAACCUUCAUAGUACCUCUGUAAAAGUAAACACCUUGUGGCAAUCAUUCACAUUGCCAUUAAAAAGGCACUGUGACUGCUGAAAUGCCUUUGGUGCAGUAUGAUCUUCAUUUAAUGGCUCAAAUUCACUAUUGAAUACUGUGAAUAGACACAUUAUGCAUGUUAUGCUUCGAUGUUGGGAAUAAUUAAACUGAAUAACUUUUCCUUCAGGACAUGGAGGUGAGCCCCACCGAACUGAUGAGCAUCCUGAACAGAAUUAUUUCCAAACGUAAGUCAGGCUUCUAUUCUGUCUAUUUGUGUGGCUCUGCCUGUGUAUGUACAUGCUUGCGUGCUUUAAGCAAGUCUACGUAGGCUUGUUUAUUGACAACCCCUUUCUAUCUCAGAAAGCCAUGUUUGAGAUGUAAUAUUCUUGAUGAAUUUCUUAGUGAGGCUGAUAUUUGUCUUUGUGAGCGAGUAAGGGGAUGAUACUCUGAGUGACCUGGCUGCUUUUUAAUUUCAGAUGGUGACCUGAAGACAGACGGGUUUAGCAUAGAGUCCUGCAGGAGCAUGGUGGCAGUCAUGGAUGUAUCCUUCCUGUCAUGACCUGUUUGUGGCGGGGGUCAGGGUCCAGUGGGUAUGGCACAUUUAUACUUUUGUACCAACAUCAUACAAUACAUCUAAUGUUGAUACAAAAAUAUAAUUUCCAGAACUUGGUGCCAUAAGGAUGGAGAGAAUUCAGACAUAGCCAUAAAAAAAGGUUUAAUAACAAGGUGGAAGGUCAUGGACAUUUUUCCCAAGUGUUUAGGUACAUUAACAUAUCCAUAAUAUAAUAACUCUGAUGGAUUAUUUUUAAUUUACUUAAACCUUUGGGAAACAUGGGUUGUCCAUAACCUCCCCCUUGUUCUUAGACAUUUUCUAUGACUGGCCAAAUUCUAUCCAUCCUACCAAAGUGUGCACUUGUUCACUUCCCUUCACUGAUUUUAAAAGGAAAUGACUGGUAUAAGAAAUAUGGAUGUAUGUUGUAUUGUUAUAAACAUACAGUGCAUUCGGAAGGUAUUGACCCCUUCACUUGUUCCACAUUUUGUUACGUAACUGCCUUAUUAAAUUGAUGAAACUGUUUUUUUCCCCUUAUCAAUCUAGACACAAUACAAUACGUUUGCAAAUUUAUAUAUUUAUACAGAAGAUAGACCUAUUUGGUAAAAGACCAAGUCCAUAUUAGGGCAAGAACAGCUCAAGUAAGCAAAGAGAAAUGACAGUCCAUCAUUACUUUAAGACAUGAAGGUCAGUCAAUACGGAACAUUUCAAGAACUUUGAAAGUUUCUUCAAGUGCAGUUGCAAAAACCAUCAAGCGCUAUGAUGAAACUGGGUCUCAUGAGAACCGCCACAGGAAUGGAAGACCCAGAGUUACCUCUGCUGCAGAGGAUAAGUUCAUUAGAGUUACCAGCCUCAGAAAUUGCAGCCCAAAUAUAUGCACCACAGAGUUCAAGUAACAGACACAUCUCAACAUCAACUGUUCAGAGGACACUGUGUGAAUCAGGCCUUUCAUGAUCAAAUUGCUGCAAAGAAACCACUACUAAAGGACACCAAUAAGAAGAAGAGACUUGCUUGGGCCAAGAAACACGAGCAAUGGACAUUAGACCGGGGAAAAUGUGUCCUUUGGUCUGGAGUCCAAAUUGGAGAUUUUUGGUUCCAACCACUGUAUCUUUGUGAGACGUGGUGUGGGUGAACGGAGGAUCUCCGCAUUUGUAUUUCCCACCGUAAAUCAUGGAGGAGGAGGUGUUAUGGUGUGGGGGUGCUUUGCUGGUUUUUUAUUUGCAAUAAAUUUGCAAAAAUUGCUAAAGCUGUUUUUGCUUUGUCUUUAUGGGGUAUUGUGUGUAGAUUGAUGAGGAAAAACAUUUUUUAAAUCCAUUUUAGAAUAAGGCUGUAACUUAACAAAAUGUGGAAAAAGUGAAGGGGUCUGAAUACUUUACGAAAGCACUGUAUGUGUCAGGUUUUUGUGAACCUUAACGCUGUUGCAGAGUGACAGCACUGGGAAGCUCGGAUUUCAUGAGUUCAAACACCUCUGGAACAAUAUCAAGAAAUGGCAGGUGAGUAUUUCAUUUCCACCAGCUUGGUCAAAUCUAUUUGUCUCAUUAUUUCUUGAUUUUAAUAAUAAAGUAGUUUGAGAGUAUUAGCACUAUUAGAAUGUAUGAUAAUGUGUAACCAUGGAAAUGUUAUCAUAGAUGUAUUAUACUACAUAUUAGGGGUGUAACGAUCCAUCUACUACAUCGAUGUAUCGAUUUAUAUUCCUAUGAUCCAACUACAUCGAUCUGUGCUCGGCGAGUUGGCCUUUUGGACAACAUAUAUCAAUCUAACAUCAUUUUAAAAUGUAAUAAAUCGAUUGUAUCGAUACUAGGAAAUAACCCAUUGGAUUUAAGCACGUCAGACUUUAUAUGGAUGUUUUUUCUUAGCACUUUUAAUGAUAAAGGCUUUAAACAUUACUCGAUUCAGUCUGCCUAUCCGUGACGUCAUCGCCCCGCGCCAGCAGCAGCGCAAAGGCGCAAAGACAACAAAACAUAGCAUGGCGGACGAACUGGUUGAAUUUUUGGCUAAAAGGUUACUGAAUCGAUUUCAAGUCACUGAAUCGUUUCGGAUCGUAUCGUUCUAAAUGAACCAAUAUCGUCCUUGAAUCGUAUCGACAACCACGAAUCGUGAUACAAAUCGAAUCGUUGUUAAAACGAAUCGUUACACCCCUACUACAUAUAAAUGUAUCUCAAAAUAAAGGUUUUUCUUUUGUUGUUUUUUCAGGGUUUGUAUAAGACUUAUGACACUGAUGGCUCUGGGGUUAUUGGUGCAGAUGAGCUGCCCAACGCUUUCAGGGCUGCAGGUUAGAGAUAUCAUACAGCACAGAAAUAUUUAUAUCGCUGUUUGGCAGACACUUUUUACAGCUCAUAUGUUCUUAAAACAUUGCACUGGGAUAUGAAUACAUUUUGAAUGUCAAAACUUCUUAAGUGGUGUUUGAGCCAGCAAUCCUCUGUUGUUUCCAGCUUCAUAGUUAAAGGUUUAGAUAUCAGCAUUUCAGUUUUGACCAAGGAUAUAGAUAAAAUCUAAAUAUGUGUGUCUAUGGUUUGGACACAGGCUUCCCCCUCAACGACCAGCUGUUCCAGAUGAUCAUACGCAGAUACAGCGAUGAGAAUGGGAACAUGGACUUUGACAACUACAUUGGCUGCCUUGUGAGACUGGACGCUAUGUGC